AUGGAGGCAAACAAAGAUUCAGCACUACACUAUAUCGAACUUGCGGAAAAGUCAAUACUUGCUAAUGAUAAUGAACGAGCUCUUCGAUAUCUUUCGAAAUCUGAAAAUCUUUUUCCAACGCAAAAAGCCAAAGAUCUCAUAGAGCGGCUGAUGUAUGCUAAUUCUCAUUCAACAUCAACUAGUCAUAAUAAAACAAAAGACUCUACAUCAACAUCUUCACGUGAUGAAGAAGCAACAACUAAUGGCGAAUCAUCAAGUACAAAACAUAGAACAACAACGCAUACAAAUUCAUCAUCAUCCAAUGACUUUACUCCGGAAGAAGCGCAAGCUGUACGGAAAAUCAAAACAUGCAAAGAUUUAUACGAAAUUCUCGGUGUUAGUAAAUCAGCAACUGAAGCAGAUCUAAAAAAAGCUUAUCGUAAAUUAGCCCUUCAAUUUCAUCCCGACAAAUGUAAAGCGCCGGGUGCUACAGAUGCUUUUAAAGCUAUUGGUAAAGCUUUUUCAAUUUUAAGCGACUCUAAAAAACGUGAACAGUACGAUCAAUAUGGUCACGCUAUGGAACCACAAUAUCAUCGGGGUAGUACCAAUGGUACACGUGGCUCACAGAAUUAUUAUUAUUAUGAAGAUGAUGACGAUUUUUCAGCUGAAGAAAUUUUCAAUCUUUUCUUCGGAUAUUCGGGGCCAACAACGCGUACAUAUCGACGUCGUCAACAACAUCCAUUUCAAUUUACAACUCAUUCAACGCAUAAUGCUGCACAAAAUACUACACAUACACUGGCGCAACUAUUGCCUUAUUUAUUUCUAUUUCUUAUCUCAAUUAUUGGUACAUUUUUAGUCAGUGAACCUCAAUUUCAAUUGCACCGAACCGGAAAAUACACUAAUGCCCGUUUGACUCGUUUAUCAAAUAUUGAGUAUUAUGUUAAACCAGAUUUUCGGCCUCCAAAGACCAACAAUGAAUUAGAUAAAUUUGAAUCAUCAGUUGUCGAUGAAUAUCUAUCUGAUUUACGACAUCAAUGCUAUCGUGAACAACAAUACAAAGAAUCUAUGAUCUGGCGUGCACGAAUGAUGAAUGAUAAUCAAUUAUAUAAGCAAGCGCAAAACCAAGGUACACCUUCUUGUACUAAAUUGAAUGAUUUUGUACAACGUGGACGUGCGUAG